AUGGGCAAAAAGACAACAUUACUCUUUAAGUUAGUGAGUUCAGCUGGCACAGGGUUUUAUUAUUAUGGAGAGAAGAGCACAAAGAAAGUGGGCUCUAAAUUGAUUUUAAGAAAGUAUGAUCCAAUGGUCAACCAAUAUGUUAUCUUCACAGAGUCUAAAUUAGCAUCAGGAAAGAAAAAGUGA